CACUGGAAACUGGCUUCCCUCAACAGCAGAAAGCUUGGAGGGGAGGGGAGCUGUGCCACUAGGGGGCGCUGUGAGGACGCAGAGGCCAGCAAGUCACCAAUAGUGGCUCUGCGUGUGCUGCUACUCCUGUCCAGAGGUCUGGAGUUGGUGAGCUUUGCGCGUGUGUGUGGGCUCCUAGGUGUCAGGCCUAGCUUGAAGUGGGGACUGCUCGUCCUCUCUAACAGGCCCUUCCCAAAGGCCUCAGCCAGGCUUCCAAUUCAGUGAACCCUUUUCUACCCUUUUGCAACCCUGGCCCUACAGCCUUUAGCCCCCAAGGCCAAGCUACCCAUGAAUCGAAGUGUGAAUCUGGGUAUGGCCAUCCUUCUGCCCAGUGACCAGACUAUCUUGUUGACUUGAAGGACACGCACUCAGAAUUUCCCCCAACCUCUAGGUGGGCAUUUUUUGGAUGUCGGGCUUUGAGAGCUGUGGGAAGAAAGCAGACUACAGCUGCCCAAGGACCAGUUGGUCCCUCUGGGGUUAUGAGAGUCUGUUUACCCACCUAGGCUGAGGUAGGAGUUCCCCAAGUACCAUCACAUCAUUAUGUAUUUGUGGCCUCAAAAGUCACAGCAGCAUCUGCAAGCCCAGAUCCAACCAAACUCAGGUGAAGUGAAUGACCUUCUGUGGCUCAGACCAGAUAUGGAAGCUGCAGUGGCUGAUGAAGAUGGGACAGAGACAGCUGGCUUUCUCCUCCAAGACCUACCACCACAACGCAGUGCAAUACAACUAGAAGAGGAUGGAAGAACCCGACCUGUGGUUCUGCCCAUGUCCACACUGCUGCAGACAACUCCAACCACAGCAGAGGAUGUAGAGAGGGUCAGCACUGGAAACAAGUUUGCUCUUGGGCUCUGGCUGCAACAUCUGAGCAGGUAAAGGUGAGGAGCAACUCAACUGGAAUUGUCUAAUAUUCUUACGGCCAGAAAGAGGAAGGAAGAAAGAACUGCUCUUGGAAAUCCCUGUGGAAUAUCCCCACUAGUGAAAGUAGAAUUUCCAUAGACCCAGAAUCAGCAAAGAAUGGAACAUGGACCCUGUUGUCCCAAACCAGGAGUCUGGAAAGUAAAGUGCAUCACCCCUCCCCAACCCACGUCCAUGACACUCACAGAACAUUCACAACCUUUAUUGUGGGUGAGAACUUUGCUACAGCUUUGGGAAUAAAAAGUAAAAUUACAAUGUAAAUCCUAGGCCCUGGAAGAGCCUAAAAAAAAAAAAUUGGGAAGGAGGGCACAGGGGUCCUCCCUCCACCCAGGAAAGGUGCAGAAUGAGCCAGGCCCAACCACAAGGCCAUGGUUCUCCGGAAGCUUAGGUUCUGGGCUGAUUGACAUUAAGAAACAUUGUGAACUUAAAUAUAUAAAAUAGAGAGAGACCUAGGCAAUAAGCCAGGCCCUCCCCGCUUCCAAACCCCUGGAGAUCACAACUAAGGCCUUAUCUUCUUAGUCGUAGUGGGAAGUAGGAGGCAAGGGAAGUCAUCUUUGGAGUGUUUUGGUUUUUCUUG